AUGAUUUAUGGACAUUACGGUUUAGCGAACCCACAGUCAUCUUGUAUGAAUAAUGUCAUAUCCUUAUCGAAUUCCCUUAUCUUUGGGGAAGUUAGCGCAUGGGACCCCCGACAGCUAUCCGCUGCGGAAGAGAAGACGACGAUCGGAGAAUUUACCAGAGUUUAUGGAAGAAAGAAUGAUACAAAGAUGAAAAUUACCGUCAUAUAUCUGUGUUAA